AUGAACUCCGCUAAGCCCUCAUUUCUGUUUGCAUUGCCAGGCUCGAAGAAGCGGAGGACUGCGCGCAAAGUGCACAUCCGGCGCCUCUUCGACGUCCUGCAGCUCUGUAUCCUGCGCAACGACUUAUCACGCGGCCGACGAGCAUGGGCGAUCCUCCUACAAUGCAAAGAAGUUAAAUGGAAAUCCCUGUGGCAGACGGCCGUUUUCCUGCUUGGAGAGCGAGAGAAGGACGACCUGGAAUUCAGCGACGAGAUGAUAGCAUUAUUCAGCACCAAGAUGCGACAGCAUCCGGAACAGCGGGAGACCAUUCUCAAAGAAUUGAUCCUGCAGCUCAUACAGGCUGGAAUGCACAGAGAGGCGCUGGACGAACUCGAUCUGUACCUGCCUUCCUUCCCUUAUCAAGGUAAUCCCGUCCUGCAAACGUACGCUGGGCUCCUGGCCCUGUACCUUGCGCAGCCUCAGACAAAUGCUGAUGCUCCACAAGAAAGUUCCGCCCUGUUGCGGGACGCCCAAUUUUACUUUGAACGCGCGAAAGCGAUCGACCCCAAAAACGCCAUCGCGAUGGCAUUCAUCGAGCAGAUGCCGAUGAUCACACAGCACGGUCAGCAGCACGAUACAUCGGAGUCAGACUCCGAAUCCCAGUCCGACGAUGAGGGGAUAGAGAUCAGUGAUAUAGAUCGUCGCCACAAGCGGGCCCGGACUUAG